GCCAUCUUGCCCACUUGUGUGACGCAGCCGGAAUAAGGAAGCCAAAAUACAUUUUGGGGCGAUCUGGCUUGAUGCACAGCUUGCUACAUCUAGCUACAUCCUGAAUGCAAAGUCAAAACACUUAUUCGAACUAAUAUCACAACCUCUGCAAGUGUUUCUGCGAUCAUUUCACCUUUGGGAACAUGUCGUCGGACAGGGGAGGACCCUGGUCGUAUGUCACUGCCACAGUAUUGACCUUGUUUCUGCUGGAUAUAGCUGGCUUUGCUCACGCGAAGAAUUUUGAGGAUGUUCGCUGCAAGUGCAUCUGCCCACCAUACAGAAACAUCUCUGGCCAUAUAUAUAACAGAAAUGUCUCCCAGAAGGAUUGUAACUGCCUCCAUGUAGUGGAGCCCAUGCCAGUGCCGGGCCAUGAUGUGGAAGCAUACUGCCUGUUGUGUGAGUGCAAGUACGAGGAGCGAAGUAGCAACACCAUUAAGGUAACGAUCAUCAUUUACUUGUCAGUCGUGGGUGCCCUGCUGCUUUACAUGCUGUUCCUGUUACUUGUUGAUCCUCUGAUUCGCAAACAUGACCCCUACACCCAGCCGCUGCACAAUGAGGAGGACGCAGAGGUUCAGGAGAUGCGUCCCCAGGUGGAUAACGCUCAGGCCAGAGGAAACACGGUUCUGGAGCGGGUUGAGGGAGCACAGCAGCGCUGGAAAAAGCAGGUCCAGGAGCAGCGCAAGACUGUUUUUGAUCGUCACAAGAUGCUUAGUUAAACCCUACAGCUGAACUCAGACCAGGUUUAGAGGAGGUAACUUUCCUGGGCUCAAUGCUACUACACUUUUACCAGCUGCUUCAUAACUAACCUUUUUACUUUCUGAGCUGUGCACCAUUUCAAUCAGUGUUUCCUCUCCAAUAAUAUUCAACCACACACAAGCAGAUUGAGUUUAUUUGUUAUAUGUAACACUUUAGACUUUGUUGCAGUUGCAGAGAAACUGCAUGUCAGUGCACUGUUAACUGCUAAUAAACAUCUUAUUCAUUUCAGCAAUUAGCAAUGCAAUUUUGAAUGUCUGUAAGAGAAACUUUUGUCUAUUUAGUCAAACUGUGAAUGGCUUCUGUAAAAAUGAUCGUGCUCUUUGCUGGCUGAACCUGUAUUUUUCUCUCUAGAUCAUUUUUUUCUCCUAGCAUAAUUAUAAAGUUAUCUCAGAACAGGCAGGCUGAAUAUAUUUGAAUGGUCCUUUAUGCUAUCUGGUCUCAAAAACUAACCUAAGUCUGCUUUUGCCAAGCGUUAAACAUUUCCUUGUCCAGCACUGAAAAUGAUUCAUAACAGUUUUUAAUAUAUUUUAAUUAAUUUUACCCCAUUGCUGUGAAUCAAAACCUGAGCAAUUUUAGUUUACUUUGCAUCAAAAGAGAUUCUAAAAAAACUUUAACUUUUGCCUUUGCAAUUUAAAUAGGUAGAAUAAGCGACUUGUAAGUUAUGUGGCACCAACAAUUGCCUUUUUCUAAUUCUCUCUUUGUGUGAGGCAUUUAGCUGCAUCAUAACUAAAAGAUACGUUUUAUUUAUGGGCCAUUCUGCCUUUGAUUUGAGAUAGUACCUUGGAUAGAGUGGGAAACAGGACAGAGGGAUGGGAGAAUAACGUGCAGUAAAGUGCCCCAGUUUUGAAUGUAACCCAGGCAGCCCACUUCAGGAACUAUAGCAUAUGUACAUGGAAUGUGCAAUGUAACUACUAAGCCAAACCAUGCCCUAAACCUGAAAUAUUUUGAGGUUAAACCAAUACAUUUUUGGUAAUGUAUUAUCCAUAAAGAAGAUGUGUUUGAAUAAAUGUAAUGUGGAUAGGCGUAAAGCCACAUUUCUGACCUUUAUUUUGCAGUUUUUGGAAAAUUCCCACAUAAAGAGAGAAAUGGAGAACAGUGCAUUUGACAGAGCUUUAAAGCUGUAUCCAGCUGAAUCAAAUCUCUGCUACUGGAGAAUGUCCCAGAUCAGUAAAGCUACUGAUAAUGCGUUUAAGUGUGGCAGAAUCAGGAUGCCUUCACGGCUUUGAAGGAAGCUUUUGUGCAUCAUGAUGUGUCACUGAAUUCUCCCCCUCGGAUCUCACUUAAGCUCUCUGAGGGGGAGAUUUAAUACAGCAAAGUAAGGCGCACUGACUCACAUUACCUCAUGCACAUUGUAAACUUCUGAAGAUAAUUUGCCUGUAAGUGUUUGUUUUUCACUGAAGUGUUUUUGAUUGAUUUAAGUGUAAUUCCUUAUCACUGUUUUCUGUGUUAUGUAUUUAUAUUUAUCUCCAGAGUGGAGUAUGGCACUGCUAAUGUUUUUGUUUUGUUUUUCCAUUCAUCUUGAUCUGAAAUAAAAAGGUACUCAUGAGUGCAAGA